AUGUUUUUCGAUCUAAAUGUCCCUUACAGCCCCGAUGACCCGGAGGUGCCCCACACAUUGAAUUUCCUUGCUGAACUUGGUUACACCACCGUUGCGCUGUCUCAAACAAUCAAUGGGAAGCUUCCGCCCUCUAUCGCUCCACCUUCUCUUCCGACAAAUGCGCCGAAAUCCCUCCAACUGCUGACCAGGUUAAACCUGACCUUGGCCGAUCCCGCGCAGAAUCAGCGCCUAGCUGCCCUGAGCCAAGCUUAUGAUAUCGUUGCCCUUCGUCCCACAAACGAGAAAUUGCUUCUGAAUGCGUGCACGAAUCUGGAAUGCGAUGUGAUCUCUAUUGAUCUCUCGGUGCGACUUCCAUACCACUUCAAAUUCAAAAUGUUGUCCGCAGCCAUUUCACGUGGAGUCCGAAUCGAAAUUUGUUAUGGAAAUGGAGUCACCGGGAGUGGGCUUGAUGCGCGGAGGAAUCUCAUCGGGAAUGCGACUUCCUUGAUCCGCGCAACACGCGGCCGAGGUAUCAUCAUAUCAAGCGAAGCCCGAAGGGCUUUAGGUUUGCGAGCCCCGUGGGACGUGAUCAAUCUUGCCUGUGUCUGGGGUCUUUCGCAAGAGCGUGGAAAGGAAGCAAUUUGCGAGGAGGCGAGAAAGGUGACUGCGUUGGCCAAAUUGAAGCGGACCAGCUGGCGAGGCAUUGUGGACAUUGUCCACGGCGGCGAGAAGCCCAAGCCUGCGGAGCCGACCCAAAAGGGCAAGUCCGCACCCAAAACCCCAGCGCCGAAACCACAAGAACCCGUGCAGGCCGACACUGGAGCAGACAAUCUCAAGAGAAAAGCUUCUGUCAGUUCUGAGCCGGUCGUCGAGGACCCCAAUAAGCCUCUUUCGAAGAGAGAAAUCAAACGACGAGCCAAGAAGGCGAAGUUUGAUGCCAAGGGUGAAACUGCCACUUGA